GCAUCUUUUCGUCUCGUGUGUUGUCUCAUAAGCUAGCUGUUUGUUUCGAAGAGCAAGUAGCUGGUUGUAAAUAACGUCUUUAUUAACACAUUAUAUAGGUUUAGUUUGGACCAAAGCGCACAAAGGAUGAGAAGAGUCACCCUAUUUGUUAACGGGACCUCUAAAAAUGGGAAGGUUGUAGCAGUGUAUGGCACCUUGUCAGAUUUAUUAUCUGUAGCGAGCAAUAAGCUUGGAAUCAAAGCCUCUUGUUUAUACAAUGGAAAGGGUGGCCUCAUAGAUGACAUUGCCCUGAUUCGAGAUGACGAUGUGCUGUACGUGUCAGAAGGAGAUCCUUUUAUCGACCCACAGAACGAAGCCAAGGUUGCAUCUGACCAGCAUGGAGCCCACACAGACUGGCUGACUCUUAAUAUUGGUGGUCGUCUCUUCACCACCACCAGGAGCACUUUGGUCAGCAAGGAGCCAGAGAGCAUGCUCGCUCACAUGUUUCGUGAGAAAGACGUGUGGGGAAACAAACAGGACGAGCACGGGGCGUACCUCAUCGACCGCAGCCCCGAAUACUUCGAGCCCAUUCUGAACUAUUUGAGACACGGUCAGCUUAUYGUCAAUGAAGGCAUAAAUAUACGAGGUGUCCUGGAGGAGGCUCGCUUCUUUGGAGUUGAGCAGCUGGCUGAACAGCUGGAGGUAGCUCUGAAGAACUCGCAGCCCCCYGAGGACCACUCUCCCAUUUCCCGCAAGGAGUUUGUUCGUUUCCUUUUGGCAACCUCCACCAAAUCCGAGCUGCGCUGUCAGGGACUUAAUUUCAGCGGUGCCGAUCUGUCCAGACUCGAUCUGCGCUAUAUCAACUUCAAGAUGGCGAAUCUCAGCCGCUGCAACUUGUCCCACGCUAAUCUGUGCUGUUCCAAUCUGGAGCGGGCUGACCUUUCUGGAGCCAACCUGGAUGGUGCUAAUUUACAAGGUGUUAAGAUGCUCUGCUGCAAYGCUGAAGGAGCCUCUCUCAAAGGAUGCAACUUCGAAGACCCGUCGGGGCUGAAGGCCAAUCUAGAAGGCGCGAACCUGAAAGGAGUCGACAUGGAGGGAAGCCAAAUGACCGGCAUCAACCUGCGUGUGGCCACUCUGAAAAACGCCAAGCUGAAGAACUGCAACCUGCGGGGGGCCACUUUGGCAGGGACGGAUCUGGAGAACUGCGAUCUGUCCGGCUGUGACCUCCAAGAGGCUAACCUGCGAGGGUCCAACGUGAAAGGAGCCAUUUUUGAAGAGAUGCUGACUCCUCUGCACAUGUCUCAGAGUGUCAGAUAACUCACCUGUGCACGUCUGCAAGUUUGCUUUUUUUAUUUAUUUAUUUCUCCCCCAACACCAGCUUAUCAUAAAGUUCAUUCCUCCUUUUUUCUUAAAAAAAAUAAAUCUGGUUUUACGUGUCUGCCACGCAGGUAAUCGUACGCACAUGCCUGGCAUUCCGCCGAAAUCACGUUAGCUUUAAUAAUCUUGCACUAGAAUUUAUCCAGGGUUGUCUGUGUUUGAUUUUUAAAUGUCCAGCUGCAUAUAUCACCAAAACUGAGUCCUGUUCCUUCUGUGUAGAUGUGUCUGGAUGUAGUUCAGUGGUUUUACUUGUUCUGUAUUUUGCAUACAUUCUAUUUAUUCAACGCGUUUUUUUAAAAGUUCGAACCAGACGUGUGAYCGGUAAAGCUGAGCUUCACUGAACUCUGCUGCAGCAGAAACAGAAGAGGGGAGUUUACCAGUUGGUGCAACAUAUUUCUCUCAGUACGUUCCUUCCUUUUUAAAUUUUUGAUUUUGCUGGAUUUAACGAGCAAUGCAAAGCCAAAGCCAUAAUGUACCAUAGCACAGUUUAAAAGGCUGCAUGUGCUGUUGGUCCACCACAAAACUAUGCCACAGGCAAGUUGGAAACCCAGCUUGAAUAUGCAACUGACGAUGUAGAACAGUAAGCGUCCUCCCACCCUCCUUCAUCACGCUGCUUCGUUUUGUGCUCUGUGAGUCUACCUCUUUUACCAAUUCAGUGAGUGAUCCACAGCUGCACGAGUUUGAACUUGUUGAAAUGUUUCAGUCGUUCGUCUGAUCCUAGUUGUUAGACGGUAUCUUGGGUUUUGACAGGAAGUUUGUUUUUCUGUGCUCGUGCCGUGUGUUUGCAUGGGAUGUUUAAAUCAUUUAUGCCAAUUUAAACACGCUUUGAAUAUAACCAAGAACAUGGGAUGYAUCUUUUCACCAAAAGCGUUUUUGAUUUUUUGUUUCUUAAAUGUUUUUUCGUGUUAAACAAAUCCAGUUCUUCCAAAACUUUGCGAGUAUUUCUUGGUGUGGUCUGCGGUUUUGUGAAGGACUUCACCUCAGUGUAUGUUUGCAUGCUUGGUUUAUUUGUCUGCUCUGAUGCAAUACUAGUAGGUACAGUCUGUGAGAGUGAAUGAUGAAGGCAAUCAUGUUGUGUGUUUUGACUCAAGAGGGAUUUAAACAACAGAGGAGCUACGGUUUUUAUUUUAAUACAUCUCAGUGGAUGUUAUCCUUGAUUAUUGCACUCAGCUAUGGAAAUGUUUCCUCAAAUGACUGUUAAAAAAUAAAUAAACAGCUCUAAAGACAAA